CCCCGGCUGUACGCCCUCGAAGGAGGCCGGUCAGCCGCAGCCACGGCGCCCAGCCGGAAUGGCGUGAUCUUGAAGCCCCACUUCCACAAGGACCGGCAGCGGCGCGUGGCCACGUGGUUAAACCAGCCGGCUCGCAAGAUCCGCAGACGCAAGGCCCGGGAGGCCAAGCCGCGCCGCCAAGCCGCGCCGCCAAGCCGCGCCGCCAAGCCGCGCCGCAUCGCCGCCCGCCGCAUCGCCCCGCGCCCCGUGCCCCGCGCCCCGUGCCCCGCGCCCGGCCCGCUCCGGCCGGUGGUGAGAUGCCCCACGGUGAGGUACCACACGAAGGUGCGCGCCGGCCAGGGCUUCAGCCUGGAGGAGCUGAGGGUGGCCGGCAUCCACAAGAAGGUGGCCCGGACCAUCGGGAUCUCGGUGGACCCGAGGCGGCGGAACAAGUGCACGGAGUCCCUGCAGACCAACGUGCAGCGGCUGAAGGAGUACCGCUCCAAGCUCAUCCUCUUCCCCAGGAAGCCCUCAGCCCCCAAGAAGGGAGACAGCUCUGCUGAGGAGCUCAAGCUGGCCGCCCAGCUGACAGGACCAGUCAUGCCCAUACGGAGUGUCUACAAGAAGGAGAAGGCCAGAGUCAUCACAGAGGAGGAGAAUUUCAAGGCGUUUGCCAGCCUCCGCAUGGCCCGUGCCAACGCCCGGCUCUUUGGCAUCCGGGCAAAAAGGGCCAAGGAAGCUGCAGAACAGGAUGUUGAAAAGAAAAAAUAAAGUGCUGUUGGUAGAUUGU